GAUUCCCAGUUCUGUACCGUAACGCUCUUGACGUGGGUGGCAUCACUACUAGCUUCAAGUAAGUUAGGUCGACAUCAGUAAUUCCAUUUUCUUUAGAAGCGUAAGAGAGGCCAAACGCCUCAUUAAUCUAUCUGCAUCAUACCCAUCAACAUCACCCUCCCUGCACAGCAUUAGCUGCCGCACACAAGACAACUAAGAAACCCAAAAGGCUUGCCAGCCAUUUGAAGACCGGUCAUCAUGAGCUCUGAGCAGAAGAGAAACGACGGAUGGGACUGGGACGACGAGGAAGAAGAACAAUCUCAACAAAAGAACACUGAUGAUGUUCUGCAAGAGAGUGCGUUAACAGAGGGUACCGGUAGCACGACCUCAGAGGAAGACUCGGGGUGGCUGGGUGGAUUCGGAGCCGACUUUCGCAACAUUGCUAACUCUUUGAAGGACGCUGUACCGCCCACGAUUGGAGCCAUCGGAGAUAUUGCCAGUUUUGUUCAACGUUCCGCGCUGUCAGUGGCGGCAGAAAUUGCUCAGAUGGAGCGCGACAGCAGCGAUGAAGAGAUUGCCGAGUUUGAAGACGCCAUUCGACUGCCUUGGGAAAUCCUGGUGAAGCAAGAUGAAGCACAAUCUGUGUACCGGGAAGAUGAAGGAUUGAAGGGCCAAAUUUUGGGUCUGAGCAAAAUUAAUGAUAGCUUUCUGAAACCCUUCUCACCCAAGGGAUCUUCUCCAGAGGAAGGGUGCAAAUUUAUUGUUCUGGAUGAACCGAGAAUUCAUCUGAUCCGACGUCUCUUGGGAGUUGACGAAAACUUGGCGGCAACACACGCUCGCAUGUCAGGUCGAGGUAAUGUGAAAGAGAUUGUUUUCUGGACGAACUAUUUCUUUAACUGCGAAAGAGUGCGAAAGGAGCACCUUGAUUCCCUACAAUCUUCAUCCAUCACUUCCGAUCGCUCAAAUGAACCCGAAUUGAAAGGAGCCAGUGAAUCUAGAGGGCCGGAAGAUACCGGAAUGGUGGCUGCAGGAGAAAAAGAAACCACUGCCGAUCCCAAGGAAGGAUUGCGGGUGGAUAAUCAGGUUUCAGAUCCGGUAUCGCGUUCAUCGUCUCAAAAUUCCUUGGUUCUUGCUGACGACGACGAGGACGAGUUAGUGCCCCAAGCAGAAGACGAUGUGGAAGAAGACGAUGAUUCAUCUUAUAUUCAGGUGAAUUCAAAUGGAAUAGCCAGUCCACCGUGCAGCCUCAAGUCUGUGGAAGACCUGAUUUUGGUCAAUAAGUGUCUUUCAGAAGGAAAAUGAUGGGCUGCAUACCCGGGAUCAAUUCAAGCAAUACCCACACGAGGUACCUAACCAACCUCGAAGUCGGGUGUUGAUUCAACAACUUUAGAAUACUUGGUUCGAGGCUCACAGUGAAGUGAAAGAGCAUAGUAAUUAUCGUUUUGUUUGUUUG